UCAGAAGAACCGGAGAACCAGCUGCAGCCAGAUCACUUCAGGGGAACAUUUAACUCCUUUUACGGCCUUUUAUUCUCACUUUACCGCUCUUAUCUGAUGUCCACAACUCUGAUACAAGUACACAAGUAGUGCUUCAGUUCAUCCGGAGAACCCCGACACUCGGGGUUGAACGCUUCGCCAGAUCCCGUUGGGCGAGGAGAUCGAGGAGCAGAGAGUUAAACCAUGGAGAGCCUGCACUCCCACUGCAUGAAAUGCAUCAAGAGACGGUGCAUGGUGCGCCCGGAGCCGGGGGUUUGCUGCGACCUGAUUGGCUGCCCUCUGGUCGCGGGGGCGGUGUUUCACUCCUGUAAACUGGACGAGCACCGGCUGCUGUGUGCCUACGAGCGUCUGCCGUGCAUCAACAGAGGCUUCGGAUGCCCUUUCAAUAUCACCCGCAUCCGCAUGGCCAAACAUCUGGAGAAGUGUCCGGCUAGCAUCGUUUGUUGCACCAUGGAGUGGAACAGAUGGCCCGUUAGCUACGCAGACCGCGAGUCCUACGAGAAUCUGAGCAAAGACUUUGACGAGGUGGAGCAGCUGGACAUGGCUCUGGCUCUGCAGGACCAGAGGAUGCUGCUGGAGUCUCUGAAGGUCACCACCACCGUGUCCAAGGACAAGGACCACAAGAAGAUGUCCAACGGGGCGUCAAACGCACCUGAGGUGGUGGAGAUGGAAGAGGAGAAAGAGGAGGAAUCGGUGUAUAACGGGGGCUUCAGUGCCUCCUUGGAAACCAGCAGGAGUUUAGCCGCCGCUCUGGACAUACUCACCAACUCCAAGGACAUCGAAGUGAUCGUGGGGGGGUUGAACGGAGGGAAGAACGGAGGGAAGAACCAUGUUUACGCAGCAGAAGGGGGGAAGAACGUGGACAUGAAGGAGGAGGAUUCAGACUCGGAUUGUGAGCUGGGAGCGGUGGGAGGAGUGGACUGUGCAGUUGGGACAGAAGAUUGGGUGGAGGAGAGAGACUUUGUGGAGCUUUUCUUCGAGGAGAAAGAGGUGGAGAGCAUCGAUGAAGAGGAAGAAACCAUCGAUGAUUCCCAGUUGGUGUAUCCGGUACUUCCUCUGAACUCUCUUCCCAUGGCGCUGCUUUCUCAGGACUUCCUUCAAGCUCCAGUCGACCCCCCGAUGCCUCUCCGUCUGUCGGACCACGUGAUGCGUAACGGCUUCCUGCAGCACCUCCCCUCAGAGUUACGGUUCCGCUGCCUGGAGAGGAAGCUUCAGAGCGUGGAGGUUCUCCGGGGGAUCAGCAUGUUCACUUUUAACGGCCGCCGGGCACCUCUAUCCGACCCCUACUGGUUCCGAGCCAAAAUGGAGGACAAGUCUGUGGACACGUCGGAUUUGGAGGUGGCGGACGACCCGAUGGGGCUUCACGGCAUCGACUUAAUCACCGCGGCGCUUCUUUUCUGCCUCGGCGACUCCCCGGGGGGUCGCGGAAUCUCCGACAGCCGCUUCGUGGACGGAUAUCACAUCGAUUUCGGCACCCAGACGUUCUCCUUCCCCUCCGCUAUCCUCGCCACCAACACAAUGGUUGGAGACGUGUCUUCGGCGUCCGCUUGUGAUCACGCCAACCCCCAACUCUCCAACCCGAGCCCGUUCCACACGCUGCGUCUGGACCUGGUUCUGGAGUGCGUGGCUCGAUACCAGACAAAACAGCGUUCUAUGUUUACGUUUGUGUGCGGGCAGCUGUUUCGACGGGACGAAUUCUCCUCGCACUUCAAGAACGUGCACGGGGAUAUCCACGCGGGUUUGAACGGAUGGAUGGAGCAGCGUUGUCCUCUGGCGUAUUACGGAUGCACUUUCAGUCAACGUCGCUUCUGCCCCUCGGUGCAAGGUUUCCGGAUCAUCCACGACCGGCACCUUGGGUCCUUCGGGGUGAAACCAGGCCCCCCGAGGUGUCGCAGGAGGGUAGGGUGUGAUGGGGAUCAGCUGAGCGGCCUUCCCUUCGAGGUGCUGCAACAUGUGGCCUCCUUCCUGGACUCCUUCAGUCUGAGCCAGCUGUCCAGGGUGUCCCGCACCAUGAGGGAGGUGUGUGGCAGUCUGCUGCAGAUGAGAGGCAUGGUGGUGCUGCUGUGGAACAAGAUCAGGAGAGCGGACGGGUCCUCAUCGUGGCAGAUCACAGACAAGGUGUGGCGCUUCAGCACGGCGUUCGGCACGGUGAACGAGUGGAAGUUCGCCAACAUCGCCAGCAUGGCCGAACACCUGAAGAAGUGCAAGUUCAACCAGAUCACCAGACGCGAAGAGGCCGUGCCGCUGCCCUGCAUGUGCUUCACCAGAGAGCUCACCAAGGAGGGCCGGUGCCUCAGAUCAGUCCUCAAACCUGUGGCGUGAAGACCACGACGUUUCUCCCGUGUUUACAGACUCUGAGCGCUUCUCUGUGACGCACAUUCACUGAAGACGUUGUUUCCUCCAGUGAUUACAGACUCUCAGAUUCACCGUCUCCUCUCUGAGGGAGCUACUGAAGACGUUGUGUUAAUAACAACCUUUUUUUAUUUUUAUAUCAAAGAGUCAGCGAGCUCUCAGAGGAACCGCCUUGUCUCCUGAUCAGUCAGUCACAUUUCUCUGGAAGCUCUUGUGACCACGAGGGAGCUUGAUUUCUACAAGUUAGAAUAAUUAUGCUGAUCCCUAAAUCUGGAGAUUUGACAUCCCGUCGGACUCUGAGACUCUGGGAUGCACAUUUUAAAUAUGUUCUGACAAUUUGUACACAAAACCUUUCGUUUAGUAAAUCUGCACACCUGUCAGCAACCGUCCUCAUCAAUUAAGCUUCAAAUAAAGGCCUUAAUCACACUGGCUGUCCUCCAGAAGAGGAUUAGGGCCAUGUGUAAAAACAAUUAUAAAAAUCUGACCAAAAGUGAUUUUAUUUUUUACGUUUUCAGAAAAAAGGUCAGAAUUAUUUUUUGCUCAGAAUUCACACUUUUUUCUCAAAAGUCAAUGAUCACUUUUGAUCAGAUUAUUUUUGUGGCUCUAAUCCUCUUCCUUAUCAACCGCUAAUCUAAAAAAAUGUAAACAUCUGCUUACAGUGAUUAUUCUGAGUCUUCUCAUACUUGCCAACACCUGGAAUAAAUUGCUCUGAGUUAAUAAUUAAAGCAGCAUUUUUUUUUUAAAUAAUGUUCCCUAAACUCUGUGAUCAUGCUAAACUAAGCUAACACUAGCCUCGGGUCGUUCUCUACAGCCAUGAAUGUCAGUGAGUGCCGGACCUCAUUAACCCUGCAGGACAGGGACACUCACACACUCAGUGUGAGCAGAUACAGGUGUGAGAGCAGAUACAGGUGUGAGAGCAGUAUUAGAAUAACAGCAGGGGGUCAAUAUGUUAAAUAUAUAAUAUAGAUAUCAUAAACACCUGAACGUGAAUUCCUGAGUGAGAAAAUCUAAUGUUUUACAGAAACUGACUGUAAAGAAGAAAAGUGUGAUUUUUGUUUUUAUAUUUUCUUUGAAGUUUUGGUUUUUAUUUUACAUUUUUUUUGUACCGGUACUUUCUCUGUGUUUUUGGAUCUGAAUGACGUGUUUGCACAUGAAGGCGUGUACUGUAAGACUUUAUAUUUGUGACGUAGCGGGACGUUUCUGUCCCUCCAGUUUCUGCAUGUGUUUGGUUUCAGUUUUACACGUUCUCUCUCUCUCAGGCACCGUGAAGCACAUUAACACAGCACCUCAGAGACCUGAUGGAGCCUCAGAGGCCCUGAUGGAUCCUCAGAGGACCAGCAGCACCUCAGAGGCCCUGAUGGACCCUCAGAGGACCAGCAGCACCUCAGAGGCCCUGAUGGACCCUCAGAGGACCAGCAGCACCUCUGAGGCCCUGGUGGAUCCUCAGAGGACCAGCAGCACCUCUGAGGCCCUGGUGGAUCCUCAGAGGACCAGCAGCACCUCAGAGGCCCUGAUGGACCCUCAGAGGACCAGCAGCACCUCUGAGGCCCUGGUGGAUCCUCAGAGGACCAGAGCAGCACCCUCUGAGGCCCUGGUGGAUCCUCAGAGGACCAGCAGCACCUCUGAGGCCCUGGUGGAUCCUCAGAGGACCAGCAGCACCUCUGAGGCCCUGGUGGAUCCUCAGAGGACCAGCAGCACCUCUGAGGCCCUGAUGGAUCCUCAGAGGACCAGCAGCACCUCUGAGGCCCUGGUGGAUCCUCAGAGGACCAGCAGCACCUCUGGUUUUUUAAUAAUGCAGAUAUUUGUAAUUUUAAUAAAGACUCAGUUUUUAAACGUU